AUGUCUAACGAGAAAGAUACCACAAAGGCAGACAACAUCCUCGCAGCGCCCAAAGUCGAAGCCACAGCGCUCCGCUCCCACUCCAUCGACGAACAUGCCCAAGAUGUGGCUGGUUACGACCACGACCUCAUGUCCGCACGGACUCUCCUCUCCUACGAAGAAGAACGAAAGCUCCUGCGACGAGUCGAUUGGCACCUCAUGCCCCUCUGCGCGUUAAUUUUCAUGGUGAAGAACAUCGACGCCAACAAUGCUGCCAAUGCUCGCAUCAUGAAUCGCGGCACUUCGAGGAACAUCCUGACAGAAUUGGGCAUGACGGGGGACGAGUAUAAUUUUGUGAGUACGGUUUAUUUUAUUCCAUUCAUUGUUUUUGAGAUUCCGAGCAACCUGGUUAUGAAGAAGAUGUUGCCGAGUCGGUUUCAGAGUGACCUGGGGCAUUGCCCUAGCAUUUCAUGCUGCUGUAUCGUCGAAGAAUGGCUUGUAUAUGCGAGGUUCUUCCUGGGGUUGUGUGAGGCGGGAAUGUUUCCCGGGAUCAUUUUGCAGCUGACGUAUUGGUAUCGGGCUGAUGAGAUGACGAUGCGGCUUUUGAUCUACUGCUCCUUGGAGUUCUUUGCCAACGUCGUCAGUGCUGUGUUGGCUUUCGGCUUCGACCACAUAUCUGGACGGGGAGGGCUGUCAGGAUGGCAAUGGUUCUUCUUAGUCGAAGGGGUGAUCACGAUUGCAUUCGGCGCCCUACUGUGGUUCGUCCUCCCAGACUUCCCAGAACAAGCCAAAUGGCUCAGCGACAAGGAGAAAGCCUUUCUCCAGGCUCGACUUCCGGCCAACGCACCACGAUCAAGUGAGAUGAACUUCAACUGGAGAGAGGUUAUUGAAACACUCAAAGAUCAACGCCUCUGGCUUUUCACUCUGGUCUUCAUCGCUAAGACCGUGGGCGCUUCUGAUCUCACUUUCUACCUACCCACCAUCGUCGCCGACCUGGGACUCACCUCCAUCGCCGAAUCCCAGCUCCUGACAAUCCCCGCCUCAGUCCUGCCCAUAAUCCUCAUCGCAAUCGCCUCACUCCUCACCACCCGCUUCAACAUCCCCCUCCCGUUAAUCCCUCUAACCUACAUGACCAUAACCCUCGCCAUGUACGCCAUCCUCCACACCUACCCCAACAACGGCGGUGUCUACGCCGCAACCAUCAUCGCCGGCGGUCUCGGCAACGCCUGGUAUCCCUCCAUGUGGCCGUGGCGUCUUCAGACCACCUCCAAGGCUACGGGGAACGCUUUCGCUAUUGCGUUUACGAACUCGCUAGGGGGUAUUGGGAGCUUGAUUGGACCACAGAUCUUUCGGAUGAAGUAUGCGCCGAAGUAUGGGGUGAGCUUUGCGGUGGCGAUGGCGUUUACGGGGUUCUGUGUAGUUAUGACGGGGUGGACUUGGUGGGUUACGAGGCUUACGGAGAGGAGGACGAGGGAGAUUAGGAGAGAGAGGAUGAAGGCUGGGUUGAAAGGGGAGGUUGUGUUGGGGGAUGUGGAUAUUGGAGCAGAUUUGGAGAGGAAGCGGAGAAGGGGUGAUGCGUAG